AUGUCCGACUGGAACAGCCCCGAAGUAAUAGCCAGCAAUGGAGAUUCCUUCGAGAGAGUUUUUUAUGCGCUUUUUGGACUCUACAUCUGGGAAUGGGCUAUGUUCCUCGACGCGGACUGGCGGUAUGUCAGGAAUAUCAGACGCUCCCCGCUAUCCCCGAUGAUACUCUCCUUCUUGAACCGUUACUGCCUCCUUGCUGUGUUGAUCAGCGUUUUAAUAUCACUCCACUUGAACGCCACAAGCGGGGUCAACUGCCGUUCCUUAUACCUCUCCGUACUUGGUGACGUAGCCCUUGAACUGGCCAACAUCGGAUUUACUGUGCGCAUAGCGUCGCUGUGGCGGCACAGCCGACUGGCCCCCCACCUUAUCGCAUUCUUCAUUACCUGUCUGGGCACCCAAGCAUGGCUAUUAUGGGGUGCAUACAUCGAUUCUGCCUGGCCACCCGACUCCGAGCUUGGCUGUUCCAUAACCAGAGUGGAAGAUACAUUCUCAAACAUCGGCCACAUAUUCAACGCAGGCUACUCCCUCGUUUUGCUCGCCUUCGUCACCUGGGACUAUGCCCGUCCCUCUGGCCGCCACGACGUGCUCCGCCCUCGCCCUCACCCCGGUCCCGCAUCGCUGAAGGAUUUGUGCUGGUUCGGCGUGGCCUUUCUCGCCUCUUGCACGAACGCGGUCUUCGUUUGGGUGCAUUCGAACCCAGGCAUGGCGACAAUCGCUGUAUUGCUGUCCACCACCGCCGUCUCCAUCGCCUCGUCCCGCGUGCUCCGCCUUCGGGAAUGUGCGGCGCAGCCCCCUGCACUCCCAGUAACAACAACAACAACAACACCAACAGCAGAACGUAUUUCGACAGAAGCGCAUUCUCCGUCUAUGCGACCGAGACUCGGUUUUAGGGGGCGGUGGAAGCUGGCCCUCGGGCGCCCGCGCACGCACGACGUCCCGGCGGGCUCGAGCUUCCAGAGGCUCUACAGCGCGCCCGCCUCGCAGACAGGUUCUUACUCAGGCUCUUACUUACCCGCAUCCGCAUCCAUGCAAGCGGUGAACUCGACUCGGCCGUCGUCCAUCAUUCUCCCGUCGUUGAUCGCCCCGUCGUCGACGUACAGCCCAAACCGCGCUUCGUACGACCCGUCCACCCACCUCGACUCUGCGAGCGAGUCGAGCGCCCGCGGGGAUCGCUACGAUCUCGAUGCCCAGCUGGGAGCACAGCGAAGGAGUUUGUGA